AUGGAGGCGGCGGGCUCCAGUUCGUCCCGGCCGCCGAAGCGCCGCCGGCCCGGGCUGCGUCCGUCGGCGCCUCUGGAGGUGGCCGGCGCGAGGACGCCGUACAUGCCGUCCCUCUGCACCAACUCCAAGAACCCGUCCACCAAAUGCUACGGUGACAGAUUCAUACCAGAUAGGUCAGCGAUGGACAUGGACAUGGCAUAUUACCUCCUUACGGAACCUAAGAAGGGAAAGGAAAAUGAAGCCGUGGUAUCACCGGCUAAAGAAGCAUACAGGAGGCUUCUUGCUGAGAAACUCCUGGGCAGCAGAACCAGGAUUCUUGCCUUCAGGAACAAGCCACCAGAACCGGAAGGGAUGCUGCCACAGAUUUUAUUUGAAACUCCGACUUCCAGUCAGACCAAGCCUACUAAACAGCGCCGAAAGAUUCCCCAGUUUGCUGAGAGGACGUUAGAUGCCCCUGGAGUGGUUGAUGAUUACUAUCUUAACGUGCUGGACUGGGGAAGCAAAAAUUUGGUGUCCGUUGCCCUUGAGAAUACCCUGUACUUGUGGAAUGCAUCUGAUAGCUCUACUUCUGAGCUUGUGACUGUUGACGCUGACUAUGGUCCCAUUACUAGUGUCAGCUGGGCUUGUGAGGGGCAACAUAUUGCCGUUGGCCUUAACUCUUCUGACAUCCAGCUCUGGGAUACGAGUUCUAAUCGUAUGCUGAGAACACUCCGAGGUGUCCAUGAGUCAAGGGUUGGUUCACUGGCUUGGAACAGUAGCAUCCUGACAACCGGUGGAAUGGAUGGCAAGAUCGUGAACAAUGAUGUCAGGAUGAGAUCCCAUAUGGUUCAGACAUACCGAGGGCAUGAAGCAGAGGUAUGCGGGUUGAGAUGGUCAGGAUCUUUGCAGCAAUUGGCGAGUGGUGGAAACGACAAUCUGGUGCACAUAUGGGAUGCAUCAAUGGCGUCUUCUAAUCCAUCUCUGGGUCACAAUAGAUGGCUCCAUAGGUUUAGUGACCACUUGUCUGCAGUGAAGGCUCUUGCCUGGUGUCCAUUCCAGAGCAAUUUACUUGCCUCUGGUGGUGGUGGAAAUGAUCGAUGCAUCAAAUUCUGGAACACACACACUGGUCUAUGUCUGAAUUCUGUUGAUACUGGGGCCCAGGUAUGCGCACUGCUCUGGAAUAAGAAUGAAAAGGAGCUGUUGAGCGCCUGCGGGUUUGUACAGAAACCACUCACAUUAUGGAAGUACCCGUCGAUGGUUAAAUUGGCCGAACUCGAAGGCCACACUUCACGUGUCCUCUGCUUGGCACAGAGCCCCGAUGGCCCCACGGUAGCCUCCGUUGCAGCAGAUGAGACUCUAAGGUUCUGGAAUGUGUUUGGAACUUCUGAAGCACCGAAACCUGCAGCCAAGACCGUACACACUGGAAUGUUUAGUUUCAGUCAUAUCAGAUGA